AAGAGAGUCUGGUUGGGCUUGGAAAGGAAUUCAGAAGAGUGUUGAAAGUGCGAGUGCGGAAGCUCCGGACGCGAGGGGCGGGGCGUGCGCGGGACAAAGGGAAGCGAGGCCGGAGCUGCGGGCGCUUUUUCUGCCCGCGGUGUCUCAGAUUCAUUCUUAAGGAACUGAGAACUUAAUCUUCCAAAAUGUCAAAAAGACCAUCUUAUGCCCCACCUCCCACCCCAGCUCCUGCAACACAAAUGCCCAGCACACCAGGGUUUGUGGGAUACAAUCCAUACAGUCAUCUCGCCUACAACAACUACAGGCUGGGAGGGAACCCGGGCACCAACAGCCGGGUCACGGUAGGAGAAUCAACUAUUACAGCAUCCGGCAAACAACUGGAAUUGACCAGAAAUGCCUUCAGAGCAUCCUCUGGUAUUACGAUUCCAAAACCCCCAAAGCCACCAGAUAAGCCGCUGAUGCCCUACAUGAGGUACAGCAGAAAGGUCUGGGACCAAGUAAAGGCUUCCAACCCUGACCUAAAGUUGUGGGAGAUUGGCAAGAUUAUUGGUGGCAUGUGGCGAGAUCUCACUGAUGAAGAAAAACAAGAAUAUUUAAACGAAUACGAAGCAGAAAAGAUAGAGUACAAUGAAUCUAUGAAGGCCUAUCACAAUUCCCCCGCAUACCUCGCUUACAUAAAUGCAAAAAGUCGUGCAGAAGCUGCUUUAGAGGAAGAAAGUCGACAGAGGCAGUCUCGCAUGGAGAAAGGAGAACCUUACAUGAGCAUUCAGCCUGCUGAAGAUCCAGAUGAUUAUGAUGAUGGCUUUUCAAUGAAGCAUACAGCCACUGCCCGUUUCCAGAGAAACCACCGCCUCAUCAGUGAAAUCCUCAGUGAGAGUGUGGUGCCAGACGUCCGGUCUGUUGUCACAACAGCUAGAAUGCAGGUCCUCAAACGACAGGUCCAGUCCUUAAUGGUUCAUCAGCGAAAGCUGGAAGCUGAACUUCUUCAAAUAGAGGAGCGACAUCAGGAAAAGAAGAGGAAAUUCCUGGAAAGCACAGAUUCAUUUAAUAAUGAACUUAAAAGGUUGUGUGGUUUGAAAGUAGAAGUGGAUAUGGAAAAAAUUGCAGCUGAAAUUGCACAGGCCGAGGAACAGGCUCGCAAAAGGCAGGAGGAAAGGGAGAAAGAGGCAGCCGAGCAAGCCGAGCGCAGCCAGAGCAGUAUCGUUCCUGAGGAAGAGCAAGCAGCUAAUAAGACGGAAGAAAAGAAGGAAGACGAGAGCAUGCCAGUGGAGACAGAGGAGACACACCUGGAAGAAACGACAGAAAGCCAGCAGAACGGGGAAGAAGGCACGUCUACUCCUGAGGACAAGGAGAGCGGGCAGGAGGGGGUGGACAGUAUGGCAGAGGAAGGGACCAGUGACAGUAACACUGGCUCGGAGAGCAACAGCGCAACCGCGGAGGAACCACCAACGGAUCCCGUACCAGAAGACGAGAAAAAAGAAUAAAUGUUGCCUUGUUUUAUGUGUUCUAAAUACUUUUUUAAAUGAAAAAAUGUUUUUUGCGUUUUAACGGUGUUAUGUGGUUUGUGUAUAUAAUAGUCUUCUUGUCCAUAUCACACCACCAAAGGCUUUUGGACCAUUUAGCAUCAUGAGCUGAAUGGCACGGUCCCCCUUCUUAAGCGGUUGUGAAGGUGGUUCCCUUCUUGGGGUCUUGUGUCUAGCCCUCUCAACUGCUGAAGCCUCAGAAUGUACAUUAAUUGAGAAAAUGCCCACCUCUCUUAGAGAAUCAAUGCUGCAGCGUCUCCUCUUACAAAUGCCUUCCUACAGCUCACCUGGGUGCUCACCAAAGCCAUAGCUUGAACGCGUCCCAGCCCCCUUCAGCAGCUCCCUGCAGGUUCCCCUCCUGUCUGCGUCCAGAGUAGCUUCUUAAGAACGUAAUCAUGUGUGAGUAUGGAUUUGUUCCCGUGCCCUUUUUUCUUUUUAAUCAAUGUCAGCUACCAAGAGUUGUGUUAAGGUGUUGAGUGUACCUACAACCACACUUGGAGUGUAUUGAUCCAGAGGUAGUCUCCAUAGUUAGAGUCGUUCCUGGCUUACGAAACAGUCGUUAAAGUGAACAUGGCUCAUGCACACGUAACUGUACUGCCUUUUGUUACAAUUAAUAGUGGAUAUGGUCUGGUGAAUUCAUCUCUAUUGUACAGGGGCGGGGGGAAAUGCUAACUUUUUUAUCAAGUUUUCCAAAGACAGAAUAGAUCACAAAGCUGAAGGAAUUGAAUAUUCCUGUGAUGGAGUAUAUACCUUCAAAAGGAUUAGCCCUUUCUCGAAGGAAAACAGCUGGGAAUUAAGUUCAUCCACUGGAAAUUGUUUUACAAUAGUCAAAAUAUUUAAAACCUCAAGGCUCAGGAUCCCAUAGAUCGGAGCCUACGUUUCUGAUAAACUCUUAGUAAAGUUUUAGAGACUAGAAGCAACAUAGUUUGUGACACAUACGCGUUUCAAAAACUAGAGUAGAUUUUUACUGAAUAGUGGUUUAUCUGAUGGUAUAUGUUUCUUAAAAGUCCAAAUGUAAUAAAAGAAUGGAAAAAAGA